GAUGAUGGUCAAGUAAAAAUAACGGUUCCAGGCUGACAGUGUUUACAGUGGAGGAGCAAAACUACGCCCCUGUGGUUAAACUGCAGUAUUACAAUCAAAAACAGCUCUUUUGGGGCUCGUUUUGGCCUUUGUGUUCGUCUGAACACUCUUAAAACAGUCUCGGAGUCCGGUUUAUCCCCUGUUCGGACUGGUUUAGGUUCUGGGUCGGAGCCUCCGGCACGCAGCGGCUGCAGCUCCCCAGCGAAAGCUCACUGCGUGGCGGCUUCCGGUGUCCGUCCGUCUGCGGGAGGAUGGCGUCCGGCUUCAUCCGCAUCCCCUCCACCGCCGGUCCUCCGAGUUCCAAAUUCAGCGCCGGCAGUCGAGUUCCGACCGAGGACGGCAGUGAGAAUCACCGAUAAGCGCUCAGAGUAAGUCACCGUGCUCCGGUUCGUAUUGAUGGGUCGGGUUUUGCAGAUGCACGGGGUUCGGCUGCAGGAGGCGGAUUCCCCGCGGAGGCCUGCUCUGAUCGGAGGAGCCUCGACUCUAACGUUAGUCCGUGAAGCCGCUCUGGGGCCUACAUAAAGCGGCAUCUCAGCCCCGGUAACGGCAGCUGGGACCGGCCGGGGUACCGGCUCUGAGAAAUCACUUUUAAUCCUGAAAUUUGUGGAAUCAAGCGUGGCUGAUCCGGCGGUGUAAACACUUUCACUUGAGAAAUGUUUGAAGGUAGAGAAUUUUAAAUAAAGUUCCGUUUUUAGGAGCGUUAGCUGUUAGCCGUUAGCUUUGUUUGUACCGCUCCAGGAGCUAACAGGCUAACAAGCUAAUGUCAUGGAGCUACAGAAACAAAUCAGUUUACUACCCCCAACAAAAAAUAUUUCGGACUAUUAAAACAAACGCGACCAUGUACUCUUUAGUAAUAUGGUUUUUACAUCACAUAUUUGUAAAAAAUUCAGUUUUGCCAACGUUUGGAGCGAACGAGCCGAUUUUCGUUUUAGGAAAUAGACGGAGCCCUUUUCUGGUCUUGGUGCGCCUAGCAUUCACUGUUAUUUAGCGGGUUUCCCCUUUUGAUUGUGAGUCAAAAUGUCGUUAUGUCUGCUGAAAAACUGUGGUGUGAAACUAAUACUUAAAGAGCUGUGUGUGAUAUUAAAGUAGAGGUCCAUUGGGGUCCCCAAACUAGCCGUCAGGUGUCUGUAGUUUAUUUUCUAUUAAAUACCGUAAAACUAGCGAAACGUUGCAGUAAAUAGAUGGAGCCUUUCUGUCCGGAUGGAGCGUUAUUUUGAGACUAUCAUUGAAAUAAUAUUUAUGUUCAGUAUAUGUAACCAUGUACAUUUAAUAUCAAUUUAUAACAUUUACGUUUAUUCUAGAUGUUGACCAAUGUCCGUUUUUCUACUACAUCUGCUGAUGACCGACAUUUAAUGCUGAUAUUAAGAUUUUUUUUUGUCUGUUUGUUAUUAAACUUUUUAACAUAACGUGCAGGUUCAUGCUCAGUGCAGUAAAAUAAACAUGGGUGUGAUUGAAGUUGAAUAAAUAUCAAAAUAGAAAACUACAUUAGCUAUGCUAUAGAUGUCAGAUAUGGCUGAUUUGUAUUUUAGAAGAAACAUUAAACCACAUUUUUAAAUACAUCAUAAUAGAAUCUGUUUAUGACAGGAGUUGGAGACCGUGUAAGGUUUCAUAUGAUGUCCUAUAGACUUAUUUUAAAAUACCUUUAAUUGACCAGAUUCAUUGGAACUGUGUUAGCUGAUCAGUCUGCUAUAAUUCAAAGACUCUAUAUAGGGCUGGGCGAUAUAACGGUAUACAAUAUGAAAAAUAUACACAAAUUAUGUCAUAAAUUAUAAAAUAAUGUCGAGUACAUGUUCUCACAAAGUCGGGGAAUACCUCAAAUCUUUUUCACCACCUGAAGCAGCGCCACGCCACACACAACGCAAAAGGUUGCAAACCCAAAGAGGAGCGAGGAGCCCAUGGCGCCUGAAACAGACGACCAUUCAGUCGACUUUCUCUAGAGCAACGCCUUACGACAAAACGCCAAAGAGACACAAAGACCUCACAGAUGCAGGAGAUUAUUGUGUUGGAAAAGACAUGAGACCAAUAAACACUGUUAGAUUUCAUUUUUUUAUGAAAAGUAUAUCGUGAUAAACUUUUUCCCAUAUUGCCCAGCUCUACUUUACGUUGUAUUUACGAGAACAAAACAAAGUUUCACACCAAGAACAAGAAAAUGUAUUUGGACAGACGCUGAGUUGAGAUAAUUUCCACAGAUGAUGAUGAUGAUGAUGAUGAUGACAGCCUGUUUCUCUGUAUUUCUCUGUAUUUAUAAUGAUGUAUUGUUUUCUGUCUUUAUGUUUUCCUGUCAGGUUAUCCCCCCCCUGCUGAAGGCUGUCUCUAACACACACUCAGCCAGUCCGUGUGGCAUUUCUCAGACCACAUCCACCCUCUCGGCCGCCUGUGAAAGCUCACUUCCUCCGCUCAGCUCUGGUCCCUGCAGGAGAAGCGGCAGGAUGACGGAGGCGUGGCAGCAGCAGCAGCACGCGGUGGCGCCCCCUUCAGUUGUUCACACGCUGCCUCAGGGGGCUGACAACCCUCUGGGCUGUGCUGUGUACGGGGUGGUUCUGCAGCAGGAUGCCUCCCUGCAGCAGCCCCAGCACGGUCAGCAGCACUCUGUGCAGACCCAGCAGCCCUCCUUACAGGUAGGGGGCGAGAGAGGACACAAAUGUGGAGCCUGCGGCCAUGACAUCUCUCACCUGGCCAACCCUCAUGAACACCAGUGCAUGGUGAGCCAGGACCGCUCUUUUCAGUGCACGCAGUGUAUGAAGAUCUUCAGCCAGGCCACCGACCUGCUGGAGCACCAGUGUGUGCAGGUGGAGCAGAAGCCGUUUGUGUGCGGGGUGUGUAAGAUGGGCUUCUCCCUCCUCACCUCUCUGGCCCAGCAUCACAACUCCCACGGCAACGGGAACAACCCGAUGAAGUGCUCCAUCUGCGAGAAGACUUACCGGCCGGGCUCUGGAAACGUCACCCCCACCUCAUCAGCCGCCAACCCCCAGCAGCCCUCCACUGGAGAGACGUCCAGUGGCGGCGCAGCCAUCAGUGCCUCGUCCCCGCCCACGUUUGAGGCCUCCGCACCUGACCGGCCGUACAAGUGCUCAGUGUGCCAUAAGGCCUUCCGCCAUCUGUCUGAGCUGACUCGCCACGAGAGGGUACACACCGGAGAGAAGCCGUACAAAUGCGACACGUGCGAUAAGAGCUUCAGCCAGUCCUCGCACCUGGCUCACCAUCAGCGCACGCACAGCUCUGAGCGGCCGUACAAAUGUGCGGUGUGUGAGAAGAGCUUCAAACACCGCUCUCACCUGGUGCGUCACAUGUACGCUCACUCCGGCGAGCACCUGUUCAAGUGCAAUUUGUGUGAGAUGCACUUUAAGGAGUCGUCCGAGCUCCUGCACCACCAGUGCCAGCCUGAAGGGGAGCGGCCCUUCCGCUGCGGGUCGUGUGGAAAGAGCUUCAAGCGGCCGUCUGACCUGCGGCAGCACGAGCGCACGCACUCAGAGGAGCGGCCUUUCCAGUGCGAGGAGUGCCAGAUGAGCUUUAAGCAGCAGUACGCCCUCGUCCGGCACCGCCGCACGCACAAAAACCCAGCUGAUCGGCCCUUCAAGUGUAACCUUUGUGAUAAAGGCUUCCUGCAGCCGUCCCACCUGCUCUACCACCAGCAGGUUCACGGCAUGGAGAGUCUGUUUAAGUGUGCGUCCUGCCAGAAGUCUUUCAGCCAAUCGGGAGAGCUGCUGCGGCACAAAUGUGGCGGCGAGGUGGAGAAGCCGUACAAGUGCGACGUGUGCGGCAAAGGUUACAAAAAGAACUCCACGCUGCAGCGCCACCAGAACUCUCACUGCACAGAGAAGCCGCUCAAGUGCUCGCUCUGUGACAAGCGCUUCGUGUCGUCCUCCGAGUUCGUCCAGCACCGCUGCGACCCGACCCGAGAGAAGCCGCUCAAAUGCCCCGACUGUGAAAAGCGCUUCAGGUACUCGUCCGAGCUGCAGCGCCAUCGGCGGGUUCACACCGGGGAGAAGCCGUUUAAGUGCGCCAACUGCGACAAGAGCUUCAAGCAGCGUGAGCACCUGGCCAAGCACCAGAGCGUCCACUCCAGGGAGACCCAGUUUAAGUGCGUGUGGUGCGGGGAGCGCUUCGUCGACCUCACGGCCCUGCAGGAGCACACGGUGCAGCACACCGCCGAGGGCGAGAGUUUCCCCGAAGCCCCCUGCAUCCCGUGAACCCAGACAUUAACCUACAGAGCAGCGUGUGCCAGCACCCCCCCCCCCCCCCCCCUCCCAUGUAGAAAAUAAGACGCUCACACACGGUUUUUAUGAACAGACAGACUCGGUUCAUCCUCAUCAUGAGUUCAAGACCUGAUGUCGACAGCAGGACCCGCUUUUUAUUUUGGACACAUGGAGACAAAUUCGAGCUGCAGGAUGAAGGAGAGAGAUGUGGUUUAGUUUAGUCCUGAGUGUGGGACCUGUCUGUGGUUGCAUGUGAUCGUCUGUUUUGUGAUUCUGUUGUGGAGGAAAGUUGACAGGAGGUUCUCAGAUGUGUGUGUGUGUGUGUGCGUGCGUGGAAGCUCCUCUGAUCCAUGUGCCUUUUUUUACUGAUGGCUCAUGUCGUGUUUUAGUUGGAGUUCAUGUCCCAUCCCUUCACAGCGGCUGGUCUGUGCAGCAGUAUCUAUCUCAUACUAGGUCUUAGGUAGUCUCAUCUGUUUGUGCAUGAAUAUUUAUCACACUUUAAUAUCACUGUUGUAUUAUAGCCUUUGCUUUAUUUAGGAAAACGUCCUAAGAAGAAGAAGAAGAAGAAAAAAAGUGGAUUUGUGAAAAUGUAUAGCCUGUGUCCUAUGAAAUCUGUGUUGUUGCAUCUUUGUAUUAAACAGAUGACUGCUAGGUAACUAACCUGUACCUAUCAUGUCAGACAGACACUUGACAUGUGCAAUAGAACAUGCACAAUGUAAUAUUUAUGACUACUGAUUCAUUGCAUAGUCUACUCUGUUCUCUUAGAGGUUGUGUGUAUACGCUGAUGUAAAACUGUAUAGUGCUUAUGUUACCUGCUUUUGUAUUCACCUGGAAUGAGCUUGCAGUACGUCGCAGGCACUUUUAGUUUGACUUCCACACAGUGUCACGAGUUUAACCCGAAGCAUUUUACUGCUUACUGCCACAAACUAGCUGCAUUAGUUACUGAGCUGUAGAGCGAACAGAGUAAUCUUCUUUUCUAUCUUACUUUGAAAGAAUUGGCAUCCUCCUGGUCCGCGCAGGACCCUCAGCAGAUAAUCCAGGUAGCCUCAAAGUUCUGUGUCGGUUAAGGCCGAGCAUCGAGUAAAAAUAUUUGUGUACUUUAGUUUACUGUGUGGGUUUCUAUAUUCUGUACAAUCUCUGCAGUAUAUUUAAAGGUUUUUGGAGUUCCGUCGUGGUUACAGGGACGUUUUUCGAUGGGGGGUGGGAGGGGGCGAUGUGGUCGUGCCAUGGUUGGUUCUGUUGGAGGAGGACGAGUGUAAUGAAACGUUGGAUUUACACAUUAUGGAUAUCAAUAUAGACUCCUGUUCAUACUGUAUACAGACAAUUAAAAUAAACCACCCUUAUGAAAGUAAA